AUGUUUUAUGGCCGGAAGUGUGCGAGAAAUGGCAGUAGAUAUGACAGAGCUAUAACAGUUUUUUCUCCCGAUGGUCAUCUGUUUCAGGUGGAAUAUGCUCAGGAAGCAGUAAAGAAGGGCUCCACAGCUGUGAGUGAAAAGGAUAUUGUUGUCCUGGGUGUUGAGAAGAAGUCUGUGGCAAAGCUUCAGGAGGAGAGGACAGUCAGGAAGAUCUGUGCUCUAGAUGAGCAUGUGUGCAUGGCCUUUGCAGGUCUGACCGCAGAUGCCAGGAUUGUCAUAAACAGAGCUCGAGUAGAGUGCCAGAGCCACAGACUGACAGUGGAGGACCCCGUUACUGUGGAGUACAUCACCCGCUACAUCGCCACACUCAAACAGCGCUACACUCAAGAGCACGGACGCCGUCCCUUUGGUAUCUCAGCCCUGAUCGUUGGUUUCGACUAUGAUGGGACUCCACGUCUGUAUCAGACGGACCCCUCUGGAACAUACCAUGCAUGGAAGGUAAAGCAAAACGCUAUCGGGCGCAGUGCGAAGACAGUGAGGGAGUUUUUUUGGAGAAAAAACUACACAGAUGAAGCCAUCGCGGCAGCGAUAAUGAUGCCCAAUCAAACUGGCCAUCAAAGCAGCUUACUAGAGUUGUGCAAUCCGGGGGCAAGAAACAUCGAGCUGGCUGUGAUUCGAACAAAUCAGCCCCUAAAGAUUCUGGAGUCCAAAGAGAUUGAGACGCUGGUCCGACCGAAAUAGAAAAGGGAGAAAGAGGAGGAGGCAGAGAAGAAAGAAGCAGAAGAAAUCUUCGUAAAAUCACUCAUAUAG